GUUCCGCGUGCUAUUGUGAAUGUGCUGAAACGCCAAUCAGGAGUUGCAGGUGGACGAUUCAUUUGCACAUUGUUUGGAAAAAAACACGUUUUUAUAUUUCGGCCUUUAUUUUUAAGAUAUUUCCCAGUUUUACAACAAGCUUGUGACUUUUGAAAAUGCUGCGGUUCUUCAUACUGCUUGCAUGGCUUUGUGAAGUGUGGGCAGGACCUUUGGAAACACAUAAAAGAGCUGCUGAGAUCCAAUCUGAUGAAGGAUAUAUCAACUCGCGGAGUUUAAAUCCCAAUGUUUUAAACCAUCCUGAAACAGUUAUGGAUUUGUCGGAUGAUGAUACUCUUGAGGGUGAUAUCUUAAGAUCUAAAGACAGGAACGCAGUGAGUGCCUUGUGGCCAGAAGUGGAUGGAGCUAUGUCAGUGCCGUAUGAAAUACAUUUUGAUCUUGAGAACAGGACUCCUCAAAUCACCGAAGCUUUAAAAAUGAUCAGUAAUAGGACCUGCAUCAAAUUUCAUCCGCACAGAAAUGAAACCGACUACUUAAUCUUUCAGUAUGGCCAAGGGUGUGCAUCUUAUGUGGGCUGUUUAGGGGGUGAACAGAUGAUCCUGGUUGGGCCGCAGUGUAAGGUUGGAAAUAUCUGCCACGAGGUCCUUCAUUCCCUCGGCCUGUACCAUGAGCAUUCGCGGCAUGAUCGUGAAAAAUACAUCACUAUACUGUUUGAAAACGUUGUUUCUGGAAAGGAGGAAGAUUUUAAGGUGAAAGAGGGAAACACCCUUGGCAUUAACUAUGACGUGGGAUCUAUUUUGCAUUAUGGAAGCAAUUAUUUCUCACGCAACGGCAAACCCACAAUUGUACCCAAAGAUGGCGCUGUGAAGAUCGGCCAGAGGACUCAUCUGAGUGAGCUGGAUGUGGCGAGACUCCGGAAGCUGUACCACUGCGACCGGAGAGAAAAUAAAGUUUAAACCUCACAUGAAACAUCUUGGAUGUUUUUUGAUGACAAAAGAAUUCAGGAUGAUGACAAAUAAAGGUUUGAAUGUUAAACGGACAAAAA